CAAAGGUCUCAACAUCAGAGUCACUUCUGGCUGUCAACCUCUACAAUAUCGCACCGUUCCGUCCAGAGUAUCCUUUUGACUGGAGGACGGCAGUACUAAUCCUUUCUUCUAUUAAUUACCUCUGAACCCGUUACGUUUAACGAAGAUCGAGGCUAAAGAGACUCCCGCCUGCCGCAUUCCGUCCUCUGUCUCCAAGCGGGCUUCCGACGAUCUUCAACCGCGUCUUCGAAAAUGCCUCCCAAACGGAAGAAUCCAGCUCAGGCAGGCGGUCCGGCCAAACGGCUUGCCUCCGGCACUAACACCCCCCGCAGCCGUGACAGCGACGAGGAAUACGCCGAAGAUGCCUCCGCUCCCGUCAGCGACGAAGACGAUGAGGGGAUGGACCAUCUUGUCAAGAAGUUCACCGUGAACUCCUACAGUCGACCGGCGAAAGCCAAGGAAACUGCCAUCCACGAUGCCGCAGCGCGCCUCUUUGGCAACCGAGACCAUUCGCACUUAGCGCUGAAGCCGGAUCAUGAAGACCGACCGUUAUGGAUAGACCCGGAUCAAGGGAAGAUUAUUAUGGAAACGUUUUCGCCAUCGUUCAAGCAUGCGGAGAAUUUCCUCAUCAACGUGGCAGAGCCGCAGUCGAGGGUUUCGCGGAUCCACGAGUAUACAUUAACGAGCAAUAGUCUCUUUGCAGCGGUCUCGGUUGGGUUGACGACGGAGGAUAUCAUCAAAGAGUUGGACCUUCUGUCCAAAACCCCGAUUCCGGAAUCAAUACGGCAGUUUAUCGUCGCCUCUACACGAUCAUUUGGCAAAGUGAGGUUGGUUUUGAAGAACACGAAAUAUUUUGUGGAAAGCUCCGAUCCCUCGGUCCUACAAACACUUCUGCAAGACGAAAUCAUCGGUCCGUUGCGGGUUGACACUGCAGAGGGAUUCACGAAGUCGGCAGCGCCGAAGAUGGGCAAUCUGGCGAUUCCAGGCACUAAAAUGGCAGCUGGCGCCAAGCAAGCCGUGCAGCAAGCACCAAAGGAUGAUGAGGAAGAAGACGAUGCCCAGAAACAAGCGGAAGCGAUGACUGCAACGCUGCUGGAUGAAGACGACGAAGAAGAGGAGCGCGAGCAAGUCCACUCCUUCGAGAUCGCCGCGGAGUCGGUCCAGGAGGUGUCGAGGCGGUGUCGCGCCAUUGAUUUGCCGUUGACGGAGGAGUACGAUUUCCGGAACGACGACGCAAAUGCGGAUCUCGACAUCGAUUUAAAACCCGCGUCGCAGAUUCGACCAUAUCAAGAGCAGGCCCUCAGCAAAAUGUUUGGCAACGGUCGUGCGAGGAGUGGCAUUAUUGUUCUGCCGUGUGGAGCGGGCAAGACCUUGGUUGGCAUCACGGCCGCAUGCACGAUCAAGAAAGGAGUGAUCGUCCUCUGCACGAGUGCCAUGUCCGUGGUCCAAUGGCGGGCGGAAUUUAUCAAAUGGUCGAACGUCAAUCCGAAAGACAUUGCCGUCUUCACCGCCGACCACAAAGACAGCUUUUCCGGGACGACUGGCAUCAUCGUGUCCACCUACUCCAUGGUCACACAAUCGAAAGGCCGCUCCUACGAGUCCCAAAAAGUCAUGGACUUCAUCGAAAACCGCGAAUGGGGCCUCAUGAUCCUUGAUGAGGUGCACGUCGUCCCCGCCGAGAUGUUCAAGCGCGUCACAUAUAAAGUCAAGGCGCACUCCAAGCUCGGGCUGACCGCGACGCUGCUCCGCGAAGACGACAAGAUCGAACACCUCAACUUCCUCAUCGGCCCGAAGCUCUACGAAGCCAACUGGCAGGAACUCUCGGAGCAGGGCCAUAUCGCGCGCGUGCAGUGCGCCGAGGUGUGGUGUCCGAUGACCCCCGAAUUCUACACCGAGUACCUCAACUCCAAGGGUCGCAAGGCCCUGCUCUUCACCAUGAACCCGCGCAAGUUCCAGGCCUGCCAGUUCCUCAUCGACUACCACGAGCGCCGCGGCGACAAGGUCAUCGUCUUCUCCGACAACGUCUACGCCCUUGAAGCCUACGCCAAGAAGCUCAACAAGGCCUAUAUCUACGGCGGCACUCCGCAGGCCGAGCGCCUGCGCAUCCUCGAGAACUUUCAGCACAACGAGCUCGUCAACACCGUCUUCCUCUCGAAGAUCGGGGACACCAGCUUGGAUCUCCCCGAGGCGACCUGCCUCAUUCAGAUCUCCUCGCAUUACGGGUCCCGCCGCCAGGAAGCGCAGCGGCUCGGCCGCAUCCUCCGAGCGAAGCGCCGCAACGACGAGGGAUUCAACGCGUUCUUCUACUCGCUGGUCUCGAAAGACACCGCGGAGAUGUACUACUCCUCUAAACGGCAAGCCUUCCUCGUCGACCAAGGCUACGCCUUCAAAGUGAUCACCCACCUCCACGGCAUCGACGCGAUGCCGAACCUCGCGUUCAAAACCCCGCAAGAGCGCCGCGACCUGCUGAUGUCGGUGAUGUUGCAGAUCGAGUCGGACGCGAGCCUCGGCGACGUGGAGCGGAUCGAGGGGGAUCUGUUCAGCGAGGCGCGAGGCCGGUACGGGAAGAAGAAGGCAAAGCGGACGGCGGGGAUGUUGAGCGAUUUGAGCGGGGGGCAGGAUAUGGCGUAUGUGGAGUAUGGGAAGAGUCGGAAUAAAGAGUUGGCGGGGGGGAAGGGGAAGCAUAAAUCGUUUAUGACGAAGUUGCGGAGGGAUGCGGAGAGGCGAAAGGGGGGGAUUUAGAUGUAAUGGUCACGAAUUGCUGGGGUCGAGGGCUUUGGGUAGAUCUCGCUGCAGAUAUAGCGACCUAGGAUCUCACGGUCGAGAAAUUGAAAGGUCUGAAACAAACUCAUUGAUCAUGCUUUGCUGUCUGUAGUCUUCAGGGAAGAGACCAGUUCCCCACUUCCAAAUGACUAGCGCUUUUCAAUAUAUUCCUGAGAUACCAUUCAUGAUUUUGCGUUUUCCCCAU